AUGUCUUUUCUGCUCGAUAGUGGAGCGUCUGUUUCACUUAGAAAAAAAAAUUCUGCUCAAAAAUUAGGAUUAUUGAAUGUAAAUAGGAAACCUAUAAAUAUAAGAGACAUUUCGGGACAAGUUUUAGAAAAUUUUGGAAGCACUGAAAUUAAGUUUAUUUUAAGCAGUUUAGGGAAUGGAUUAUUGGGUAUGGAUUUUUUAGAGAAUUAUCAACCAGUGAUCGAUUUUAAUGCGAAUGAAAUGAAUAUGUGUGGUUAUAGAUUGGCCUUGUUAAAUGAACUUUUAGAACGACGUCACAGUGCGGCUGUACAGAGCUGUAAUGCAGUUGACGCUCCGUGUAUCACAAAAGAAGUGGUAACUAUUUUUCCUGUAAAAACGAAUCGGGGUACAGAGGUCGUUUAUAGAGGUCGCCGGAGUAUUGAAAAUGAUUAUGUUAUUGAAAAUGACUUUGUUAAUGUAAAUGGUUUUAGAGAGACUAAAUCCACUGGCAGUGAGGCCGUGGUGGAUUUAUUUAAAGGGAAAGGGGUACCAACCUCUAGAAACGGGAAAAAUAAGUGUGAGUUGACUGAUCCACCAAUAGUUUUGAGUAGUAAGGAAGAUAGGGAAGAUACAGGGUAUCUUAACGAAAAUCCUGAAACUCACCAGAUUGAUAAUAGACUGAAACAGUUUACGAACUACACUGAGAUAGAAAAUAGUAAUGAAUUUCGCCAGUUUGCUACAGGAGGAAAUGCGCAAUUCUCCAAUUGUGGUCAUUUAUCUAAAGGACCACAUGUAGUAAAAUUGCGUGAAAACUUGGAAAUACCUGCUUUCCACGGUUGCGAUUUUAAUGUACCUGUAAACACCCGGGUCCCUGCAGGCAUUAAAGUCUGUGAACCAUUAAAUCAUACAGAUGUCGGUAUUCUUACCGCGUGUAGUGUAAUAGAAAUUCCUGAAAAUUCAACAAAAGAAAAUAGAAAUAUAGUAGUUCGUAUUCUGAAUACUUCUCCAAUACCGCAGACCAUUUAUAAAAACACGCCCAUUUUAAAUUUGGUGGAUGUGACUAGGCUGAAAGAAUGUUCCACCGCGGAUGCUCUCUGUGGAGCGGAUGGAACGGAUUAUGUUAGUGAAAAGUUUAGUGAAAUUCAUACAAGUUGUUAUGAAGGCCAUAUUGUGGAGAAUAUGGUUUCUCAUUUAAAAGGAGGGGAUAAGAACUGUGAAAGUGAAAGUGAAGAAGAAAUUGUGACGGAUGAAAGUGAGGAGAAUGUAGACAGAACUGAUAGAAUGUCGUCAGUCUUGGAAAAUGAAAAUACCGAAAGUAAUAGAAAUAUAGCAGAAACGGAUCCCUUGAAUAGAUCUUCGAAUAUUUCAAGAGAUGGUGUUGAUGAUGAUAACCAAAUAAUUGAUGAUCAUGAAAAUGAUUCUAUGAGGUCCUUGGAUGCAGAUCGAGAGGAAAAUGAUGAUGUAGCUCAAGUUUCUAUAAACAUACGAAACCCGGAGCCUUUAGAACAGCAAAUUCGACCUCAACGAAUAAGACAGUUACCAAAAAGGUUUGAAGAUUAUGUUUUAGACUCCUUGGAUUAG